AUGGAAAAUUCCAUGGCGGAGCAGCAACUGACAGCGAGAUGCACUGUACCGCCUUUCGACUACAAUACAACCGACGCAAAUUUUAAUAUCUCCACUCAAGCGGGGCUCCAGGCUUGGAUCUAUUGGCACUGUUGUCAGAAGGGCUUCCGAUAUGAUGGGACUUCAAGGAGUUUAGAAGAGCUGAGAAAGCAUUUGUUUGCUCUGGAAACCGGACUUUCAAGGAAAACCAUCCGCCAAGCGAUUAGCCAGCUUCUUUCUGCAAAUCAUCCGUACAGUUUGAGGAGGGAAAACAAUAAACAUACUCCAACAAACGACACAACAAACAAAGACACGAAUAUCCCGUGCUGCAACCCAAGUAGCAAAAAUUACAGUUCCUCCAGUACUGGCAUAUCUGGGGACCCUAAAACUGAUCAAGGUCAAUACGUCGCUGAAUAUAGCUUGACAUCUAUUCACAGCAGUUUCAGUGACACAGAUCUUCUUGUAUCGGAUGAUAGUGAAGAUCAUGGUACCAGAGACAUCCGAAGCAAUGAAAGGGCUAUCCAAAUCCGGCACGCACCUUUAGUGGGCUCGGACGCUAUCUUGCAAGACACUCAAAAUCUACUCCCACAAUACGGGCUCAUUGGUAUGUGCGGUGAAGUAAAGAAUACCAGAUCUAAGCUUUUCUUGAACACCAACGUCCCGUUCUCUAUGUUCCUCUGCGGAGUCCAAGGAAGCGGCAAGUCCCAUACGACAUCCUGUAUUCUUGAAAACUCCCUGAUUUCCUCUAAGCAUCUCGGAAAACUCAAAAACCCGCUAUCCGCGCUAGUAUUCAGCUAUAGUCACUUUGCUGGUGACGGCAUUGGGUUCAGUAUCAGUGAAGCUGCGUUCUUGGCUUCCGCCGAUACCGAGAUACCUGGUGCAGCCCAUGUAAAGAUGGUCCAUGUUCUUGUCUCACCGUCAAACUAUGUGCAGAUAUCUAGGCUCUACCUACAGCUUCCCAACAUUUCGGUCACGCCGUUUAAGAUAAAGCCUCAGAACCUCGACAUCGCUGCAAUGCUUAAACUGAUGAACGUCAAUGAGUCCGAGGAAACACCUCUCUACAUGGCACAAGUCUCGCAGAUACUUCGGGAGAUGUCCACGGCAGGCGGACCAUUCAAUUAUGCAGUUUUCAAGAUGCAUUUGAAGAAGCAGAAAUUCAACCCAACACAAACCAACAUGCUCCAGAUACGUCUCAGCUUACUAGAGUCAUUUUUGGACAUGAACGAUAGCUUCCCUGAAACAAAAUUCCUGCCUGGUGAAAUAACAAUCAUGGAUAUGUCGUGUCCUUUUGUUGAUGCCAACACAGCAUGCGUUCUCUUUGAGAUCGGGCUUCAACAAUAUUUGCAGUCGAAAAGUACCGGUAAGAUUAUCGUUCUAGACGAAGCACACAAGUACAUGCUUAAGACACCGGGAGCGAAAUCGCUGAAUGAGACACUUCUCCAGACCGUUCGCCUACAGCGGCACCACGGAGCUAGGGUCAUCAUUUCAACACAGGAGCCUACCCUUUUAACUGACCUGAUCGCUCUUUGUUCUGUUACAGUAAUCCAUCGCUUCUCAAGUCCAGAGUGGUUCUCGGCUAUCAAACGUCAUAUCCCCAUCACAGAUGAGAACCGCGAUGAUCUUAUGCGAAGAAUCGAGAACCUAAAAACGGGACAGGCGAUCGUAUACUCACCCAGCGCAGUUUUUGGUUUUGAUGACCACAACAGGUUAGUCAUGGGUACAAGCAGAAUGAUCGACGUUCGUGUCAGGAGGAGGCUUACGAGGGACGGUGGACAGUCUGUACUAGCAGUCUAG